GCCUGCCAAAGAGCCCCCAGCCCUGGCACAGACCUCAUGCCCACAGCAGAUCCAGCUGGCAGGGCUGUGGUCCCGUUGGACUGAGUCAGGACUGGCCCUCUGGUUGCGGUGAUCCAGAGACAGGAGCUGCAGGGAAGGGCCCGGGCUUGAAACCAGGAGGUGCUGAGUGCAGACCUGCCCCAUUGGAAGCCUGUGGGACUGCGCCGCAGCUGCCUGGGGCAGGGCCGGCGAGGGGCUCCCUGUUCCCACAGCAGCAGUUGGGUCCGGGAGCAAAGCUUCCAGUGAGCGAGGACACAGGGCAGUGUCAUCGUGCUGGAGGAGCAAACGCACUGCUGGCGUUUAAGAAAGUGGAAAAAGUGACCUGGACAAUGGCAGCCCUGUUAGCCCAAGGUCUGUGACACUGAGCCUCAGAGUGCAUUGCGAGAGGGAGAUACUACAGAAAUGGGAAAUUGCUCGAUUUUCCCCUAGGGAGUCCAGGCUGCCAACCUAACCGCUCUCCUGGAUGCGCGUGGGAAGUGCUGCAGGCCUGUGCCGACCUCACCAGGGCAGGGGGCAGGCGGCAGGGGCUGAGGACAGGCUGAGCUGAGGCAGGGGGAGCAAGUAGGGAGGGGGAUGCUGGAGCCCCUGCAGAGGACAGCGGUGACCCAGGAGCACUGCAGACGGUGACAGCGGGACCCCUGCGGUUAAUACAGAGAGGGGUGGUAGGAUUUAAGCAGGUUCAGAAGCAACUGAAGGACUGUGAAGAAGACAAAUCCACAGAGAGCUUUUGAAUGCAAAGACAGAGGAGGCUGAGCUGUGGGCACCACAACAGGGAGGCAGCAGAGCAUCCCCGCCCUGUGCCAAGGCACUCCUGCUGCUUCUGUGGGCAGCAGGGUCUGGGCUGAGGGACAUUUGCCAUGGCCUGGCACCGCCGCGUGGCUCUCGCCCUGACUGAUGGCGUCAGGAUGUGGAGGAUCUCCUGGUGCUGGCUCCAUUGGCAGCACACCGUGCCUAGACAGCCUUGUGUGGGACUUCGCCACAUCCCCAAACACAGGGCUGGGGCUGAGACCUCUCAUCCAGACAAGCUGGAGGCCAGUGGCUUCAGCAAUCCUGUCAAUAGCAAGUGUACCACGUCCUGUGGUAGCACUGCCACGACUCGGUGGCACUGGGUGCCUUCCAUGGCUACAGACAGACUGAGCACUUUCCUGGGUGCUGUGUUCUGGCCUCCGAUCCUGCAUGCUUUGUUCUUGAGUGCAUGGCCUUACAUUUCCUUCUAGACAAGGGUAUAGUCUAUGUGACGCUGUUUUGCCAGGCCGCCCAGGUCUGUCCCCAUCUACACACUGCCCAUUUCUGUCUUUGCAAACUGUACCAGGAGAGGACUUUUUUUCUCCUUCAGACAUGGUUUUGCUUUUGAAAAGCAUGUGAUCCUCACCAGAGAGCCCACUGAAUGGUGACUUUCCAGUUGUAGCCACAUUUUAGUUACAGCAGGUGUCCAGUUUUAAUCCACUUAGCAGAAGGUGCACUGAUUUUGUUGAGUGCUAAUCAUUCAUUAAAAGGUCACGCAAGAUGAAUCGAAUGCCUUCCAGUCUCAGCCUGUUGUAUCAACACAGUUACUUCAAUUAACCAAACCUGUGAUCUCAUAAAAGGUCACACCAGCUUUGUGACAUGGACUAUUUCUGCAGAACUGUGGAGACUGGCAUUAAUUGUGCUGCUGCCCUUUAGUGUUGUAUUGGCCCCGUCGCAAAGCAGCCUGGAGCUUGCCUGCAGUCAGCACCGGCAGAAAUCGCCUGCCUCAUUCAGUGCAAGUGGGGGGAAGCUUUAGCUCCACGUGUGCUUGCAGAUUCCACGGUCUCUCCAGGGCCACGCCACCAUGGGACACCACAGCACGUGGACGUGUCAGGAGCUGCUGGUGCUGCUGGGGGUGCUGUGGCUGUGGGGCGGCAGCGCCCAGCCCACCCCUCCGGGCCCCACGCGCAGCCCUGCACCCCAGCUGAAGUUUCGCCUGGCUGGCUACCCACGCAAGCACAACGAGGGCCGCGUCGAGGUCUUCUACAAUGAUGAAUGGGGCACCAUCUGCGAUGACGACUUCACGCUGGCCAAUGCGCACGUGCUGUGCCGGCACCUCGGCUUCGUGGCUGCCACCGGCUGGGCCCACAGCGCCAAGUACGGCAAAGGCGUCGGGCGGAUCUGGCUGGAUAACGUGAAUUGUGCGGGAGGUGAGAAGAGCAUUGGGGACUGCAAACACCGGGGCUGGGGGAACAGUGACUGCAGCCACGAGGAAGAUGCAGGUGUCAUCUGCAAGGACGAGCGCAUCCCAGGCUUCAAGGACUCCAACGUCAUUGAGACAGAGCAGAGCCACGUGGAGGAGGUUCGCCUGCGGCCGGUGGUGUCAGGGGCCCGGCGGCGGCUGCCAGUGACAGAGGGCAUCGUGGAGGUGCGCUACAAGGAUGGCUGGGCACAGAUCUGCGACGAGGGCUGGGACACCAAGAACAGCCGUGUCAUCUGUGGCAUGAUGGGCUUCCCUGCAGAGAAGAAGGUGAACAGGAACUUCUACAAGCGGUUGAAGCGUGCAGCCAGGACGAAGGGACGGAACCCAAGGCCGGGCAGCAGGCUCGCCUCCAAAUCUAAGCCUAAACAAAAGCGCAGGGAGGACGUAGGGUCCAGGAAGAGGCUGUUCGUGGAGCGGCAGCAGCUCAACUACCGCCUGCACUCCGUGUCCUGCACGGGGACAGAGGUGCACCUCUCCAUGUGCACCUUCCAGUUCUACCAGGGCAACACCUCCACAGCCUGCGGGGCCGGCAUGCCCGCCGUUGUCAGCUGCCUGCCUGGGCCCCUCUUCACCUCUGGCAGCACCCACAAGAAGAAGCAGCGCCAGCAGCAGCAGGGCCAGCUGCGGAUCCGGCUGAAGGGAGGUGCGAAGGCCGGGGAGGGACGCGUCGAGGUGCUCAAGAGCAGCGAGUGGGGCACAGUCUGCGACGACCGCUGGAACCUGCUGUCAGCCAGCGUGGUGUGCCGCGAGCUGGGCUUUGGCAGCGCCAAGGAAGCCCUCACUGGGGCACGCAUGGGCCAAGGGACUGGGCCUAUCCAUCUGAAUGAGGUGCAGUGCCUGGGCACCGAGAAGUCCAUCUGGAGCUGCCCCUUCAAGAACAUCACGCAGGAGGACUGCAAGCACACGGAGGAUGCAGCCGUCCGCUGCAACAUCCCCUACAUGGGCUACGAGAACCUGAUUCGGCUGAGCGGGGGUCGGAGCCGCUUCGAGGGGCGGGUCGAGGUGGCGGUGGGGGCUGGCGACGGGGACGAGCUCCGCUGGGGUCUGGUCUGCGGUGAAGGCUGGGGUACGCUGGAGGCGAUGGUGGUCUGUCGCCAGCUGGGUCUGGGAUUCGCUAACCACGGCUUACAAGAGACGUGGUACUGGGAUGCCAGCAACGUGACAGAGAUGGUGCUGAGCGGUGUGAAGUGCGCUGGCCACGAGAUGUCCCUGAGCCACUGCCAGCACCACGGCAGCAGCCUGAACUGCAGGAACACGGGCACGCGCUUUGCCGCAGGCGUCAUCUGCUCUGAGACCGCCUCCGACCUGCUGCUGCAUGCGCCGCUGGUGCAGGAGACGGCGUACAUCGAGGACCGGCCGCUGCACAUGCUGUACUGUGCCGCCGAGGAGAACUGCCUCUCCAGCUCGGCCCGCCUGGCCAACUGGCCCUACGGGCACCGCCGCCUGCUCCGCUUCUCCUCCCAGAUCCACAACAACGGCCGUGCCGACUUCCGCCCCAAGGCAGGCCGCCACUCCUGGGUCUGGCACGAGUGCCACCGGCACUAUCACAGCAUGGACAUUUUCACCCACUACGACAUCCUGACUCCCAACGGCACCAAGGUGGCAGAGGGCCACAAGGCCAGCUUCUGCCUGGAGGACACAGAGUGUGAAGAAGAUGUGGCCAAGCGGUACGAGUGUGCCAACUUCGGGGAGCAGGGCAUCACUGUGGGCUGCUGGGACCUGUACCGGCAUGACAUCGACUGCCAGUGGAUCGACAUCACUGAUGUCAAGCCUGGCAACUACAUCCUGCAGGUCGUGAUUAACCCCAACUUCGAGGUGGCAGAGAGCGACUUCACCAACAACGCCAUGAAAUGCAACUGCAAGUACGACGGGCACCGUAUCUGGGUGCACAGCUGCCACAUCGGCGACGCGCUCAGUGAGGAGGCCAGCAAGCGGUUUGAGCAGUAUCCAGGCCAGCUGAACAACCAGAUCUCGUAGGGCCCAGACACAGGAGCCCCGGGGAGACGGGCAUCUCCCUCCUCCGCCCCACACUUGCAGGAGGAAGCUGCUGCGGGGCCGGUGGGGGGCUCGCCCACAACACCUCCGAGCCCUGCACCGCUCGGGGGGCUGCCCAGGACUCACCGCUGGGGAGCCAGGGCUGGAGGCAGCAGCCCCUGGGGCACUGCCCCAAACACUGGCCGGACGCUGCGCCCCCUUCCUGGGCUGCGGCACCAGGGCACGGUCCGGGGAGGCCCUGGGCCCCUCCUGCCACACCGUGCUCCCCCCGCUCCCUGUCCCCACCACCCCACUGCACCCCUCCUGCUCCCCCAGCCCAGUUCCUCACCCUGAGCUGCCUUCUCUGGGGCUCUGCCCUCUGCUGGCACCAGGAUCCGCUGCCCACCUGGGGAACCCCCUGCUCAGGGCCAGCCUCGGUCGUGCCCCUGGAGCCCCCUGUUCCCCAGGACGCUGUGGCCACCCUGCAUUGGCAGCGCUGCCUCUGGCUGCCCAGCAGCAGCUCCCACACUCAUUCCUUAGUUGUAAUUUUAUUUUAUUGAUAAAGUUGUCUGUUCUAUUUCCCCAA